AUGAUAUUCCCUCCAACUUUCUUCACAAGUAUGAUCCACGUGAUGAUUCACUUGCCAGAAGAGGCAUUACUCGUUGGUCCUAUCAACUAUCGCUGGAUGUAUCCAAUAGAAAGGCUUCUCGGAGAGCUGAAAAAAACUAGGUCUGAGAAUGAGAAACUUUCUGUUUUUGCCCAAAGCGCACGACCCUUUGGAGAUCCUGUAACAGGAGAGUCGUUUUCCAGAAAUGACAUGGAGGUAGUGCAUUGGUUCGUACUUAACAAUUGUGAUGAGAUAAUGGCAUACUUAGAUGAGCAUGAAGAGAUAAUGAAGCGAGAACAUCCAUCACAUUUGUAUGCUAAGAAACACCGUUAUUUGUUUCCACAAUGGUUUUUGGAAUAUGUGAAUAAGUUGAAAUCAUCGAAUUUACCCUCUUACAAUGAAGAGUUAUAUAACUUGGCGUUAGGCCCAAUUCGCGCUGAAUUAUUCUCGUGUUGUCAUGUUAACGGCGUCAAGUUUUUGGGGACUGCACAAGAUGACAAGUUGUGUAUGCAAAACAGCGGUGUCCAUGUCCUAGGUGGAGGCGAAAGUACGGACAUUGAUUUAUAUGGCAAACUCACAACUGUCGUGCAAUUGCUUUACAAAGACUGA